AACACCACCCGCACUAUCGAAAGGCGUCGAUAGGCCGUUAGGAGCUGCCAUCACUAGAGAUCACCCUUGGAAUUGUCCAAUUGGAUUUGUUUACCUUUCGCCUGUUUAAGCAUUUCUUUUCGGUGGUUUUUUCGCGUGGUAAAUUGGCUGCUAGUCGCCGCGUGAAUUGUGCGAAGGAUCGAGACGGGACGCCAGUUGUUUUGCCGGAGUUUGCCGAGUGUGAGUGUGUGUGUGUGUGCGCUUGUGUGCUUGGAACCUAAAAAAAGCGACUUAACGGUAAAGCGGCGAAGGUGAAGUGCGAGCGGGACAGCGACAGCCAAUGUGGUGGGCCAAGAAGUGAGGAAGAAGGAAGGAAGGAAGAACGAAAGGCGGAAAGUAAGAAGGAAAAAAGGUUGCAAACGAACAACGAUUCACAACGAUAUUUUCCUACGGGCAGGCGGAUAAUAAAAGCCCAACAUUCAACAAAUUCCCCAUGCUGGUCAUGUAGUACAGUAAACUACCCAUAACAGCAACAACCUAACGAACGACAACACCGAGGUGCCCUUAGACAAUCUAUUCGUACAAGAGAAACAACAAACUCAACUAAGAACAAAUUGAAAUUGAUAACUGCCGAUUUUUGAACUGACAAUAAAACUAAGCGUAACUGCAACAACAAGGAACCAAAACAGCAUACCAAAACCCAACUAAACACGAAAUUUGAACGGAGUAAAGGAUACGUUAACAAAUCAACACUGCAAAAUGGGACGCAAGGUGACCGUGGCGGUGUCCACAUUGAAUCAAUGGGCAUUGGACUUUGAGGGAAAUACGGUGAGGAUACUGCAGUCCAUCCUGGAGGCCAAGGACAUGGGCGCCAGCUAUCGCACGGGCCCCGAGCUGGAGGUUUGUGGCUACAGCUGCGAGGACCACUUUCGUGAGCCGGACACAUUCCUGCACUCGUGGGAGGUGCUGCUGGAGGUGAUGAUGUCGCCCGUGUGUGAAAAUAUGCUGGUGGACGUGGGCAUGCCGGUGAUGCACCGCAAUGUGGCCUACAACUGCCGGGUGGCGUUCUUCAACCGCCAGAUCCUGCUCAUCCGGCCCAAGAUGGCCAUGUGCGACGAUGGCAACUAUAGGGAGUCGCGAUGGUUCACCGCCUGGACGAAGGCCCUGCAAACGGAGGAGCACGUGCUGCCGCGAAUGAUGGCCCAGCAUACGGACCAGCAGACGGUUCCCUUCGGGGAUGCGGUGAUAGCCACCAGGGACACCUGUUUGGGCUACGAGAUCUGCGAGGAGCUGUGGAAUGUGCGCAGCAAGCACAUCGAGAUGUCGCUGGCCGGCGUGGAGCUGAUAGUGAACAGCUCCGGCAGCUACAUGGAGCUGCGAAAGGCGCACAUCACCAGCGACCUCAUCCGGAAUGCCAGCUUCAAGGCCGGCGGCGCCUAUCUCUUUAGCAAUCUGCGAGGUUGCGAUGGCCAGCGGGUGUACUUCAAUGGUUGUUCGGCCAUAGCCUUGAAUGGCGAGAUCCUGGCGCGCAGCCAGCAAUUCGCACUGCAGGAUGUGGAGGUCACGCUGGCCACCAUCGAUCUGGAGGAGAUCCGUGCCUACCGAGUGAGCCUGAGAUCACGCUGCAUGGCGGCUGCAUCGGCAGCUGAAUACCCAAGGAUCUACUGUGACUUCGAGAUGUCCACGCACAGUGACAUCUUCAAGACGUCGACGCCUCCUCUGAAACUGCCAGUUCACACGCCGGAGGAGGAGAUUGCCCUCGGACCUGCCUGUUGGCUGUGGGACUAUCUGAGGAGGUCCGGUCAGGGUGGAUUUUUCCUGCCCCUGAGCGGUGGUGUCGAUUCCAGUAGCUCGGCAACAAUAGUGCACUCCAUGUGCCGGCAGAUCGUGCAGGCUGUCCAGCUUGGCGACGCCCAGGUGCUCCACGAUAUUCGACAGAUUCUCGCCGACUCGGACUAUACGCCGGAUAAUGCCGCCGGAUUGUGCAACCGAUUGCUGGUCACCUGCUACAUGGGCAGCGUUAACAGCAGCAAGGAAACCCGUAGACGGGCCGCCCAACUGGCCAACCAACUGGGCAGUUACCACAUCGAGAUCAGCAUUGACUCGGCGGUGAAUGCCUUAUUGAGUAUAUUCAACACCGUCACCGGCUUGACGCCUCGAUUCUGGACGCAGGGUGGCUGUGCCCGUCAGAAUCUGGCAUUGCAGAAUAUGCAAUCGAGGAUACGCAUGGUCCUGGCCUACAUCUUUGCCCAGUUGAUGUUGUGGGUAAGGAACAGGCCUGGUGGCUUGCUCGUCCUGGGCUCGGCCAACGUGGAUGAAUCCUUGCGCGGUUACCUCACCAAGUAUGACUGCUCCUCGGCGGACAUCAAUCCUAUUGGUGGGAUCUCCAAAAUGGAUCUACGCCGGUUUCUGACCUAUGCCAAGGAUAAAUUCAACCUGCCCGUGUUGGAGUCCAUCAUCGAUGCCCCGCCCACCGCCGAACUGGAACCGCUGCAGGAGAACGGGGAGCUGCAGCAGACGGACGAGCAGGACAUGGGAAUGACCUACGCGGAGCUCUCACAGUACGGGCGCCUGCGCAAACAGUCCUUCUGCGGACCGUACAGCAUGUUCUGCCACCUGGUGGCCACGUGGAAGGGCGACCUCAGUCCCAAGGAGGUGGCCGAGAAGGUGAAGCACUUCUUCCGCUGCUACGCCAUCAAUCGGCACAAGAUGACCGUGCUGACGCCGUCGGUCCACGCAGAGAGCUACAGUCCCGAUGAUAAUCGGUUCGACCAUCGCCCCUUCUUGUAUCGACCCAACUGGAGCUGGCAGUUCAAGGCGAUUGACGACGAGGUGGAGAAGCUGCAGCCGAUCUACACCCCCUCGUCGCCUCAGUUGCGCCCUAGCAGCGAGGACUUGCUGCUUUCCACCCAAAGAUCCUCCCACCUGGACGACUCCAAGCACUCGUCUCCAUUGUCCUCGGCCUCGGCGUCGGCAUCGAUUGACGUGGGCAUUUCCACGGCAGCGGUGCCACUACCAGGUGCAGCUGCCCCAGGCGGACUCUCCAAGAAGCCCAGCGGCUAUUCCAAGGUGCACGUCAAUGUGCUGGGCAAGAUCAAGGACCGUACCGGCAUUCCCGUCUAGGAACGGCAUACUCGCAACGCACUGGAAUUAUAUUAUACACAGUUUUUUUUUUUUUGUUACCACAGCUUAAUGUCUUUUGCUGCCUCGCUAAGAAAUGUACUUCACAUUUGUUAUAGUUAGGCAUCGGCUAUCUUUUGCAACUAUGUGCCUUCUACAGCUCGCAAAAAGUUUCCUUAAAUGUUUUCCUAAAAUAUCAAUUCUGAUCUAGUUAUAUGGCCAUUAAAUAAACUUAAUUCCAAAGAAAAACCUAUCCGUAAUUAGCAUGUGCUUAUAGUUUUAUACUAGCCUUUUGUAAUUUACAAGAUUCUUUAGUACGGUACAACUAUCUGUUUCGAACUGUUUUUAGUAAUCUAAAACUGAUACUAGCAUACUGUUUUAUCUGAGUCAUAUCUAGCACUUGACAAACAUUACUCAGUAAAUCACUAACAAUGUAGCUUUACUAUUCGGCAGCAAAGGGCAUUAUGCUGUACAUAUACAGCAUUGGAAUCCAUAUGUGUAGGAAUAGGCCUAGAGAUCCAUAUUUUCUUCAGAUCCUUUUCUAGGUAGUCAGCCUUCGUAGAGUCCUUUGCAGUUUGCCUUAUCUAAAAGUGUUUAAUCUUGUCUAACGCUCAAGCUAUAAACUGGACAAACAGCUCGUCCGCCUGUCCAAAGAAUUUGUACAACAAUCUUGUUAAAGAAACAUGUAUUCGGAUAAAUCAUGCUAUCAUCUGACUUUACGUAAUAAAGAUAUUACUUGUUGUGUUAUUGGUUGUGUACAGUGCGGCUUAAACUGGCAUAAAACUGAUUGUUUACCUGAUUUUUUAAGACAUCAACUUAUUUAUAAUGAUGUGUGUAUCUGUAAUCAAAUAUUUUAACUGGCAUAAGAUUGCUUCACUACACGCCGCAUUUAAAAAUUAUGACUUAUAUGUAACCCAAUUUGGAGAAAUUAGUUUAAUGUUCCGAAAGUUGCACUUUUAAAAACGCACUGUAUGUUUAUUAGUUAAGAUGAAUUUGUUGAUUAUAAGACAAUUUGUCAACCUUAAAGCGAACCACAUUACACAAAAUCAAUUAGGAUCGUCAAUUAUAUAUGUUGUGGGCAUGUGAAGUCCAAAAAAACAUCAAAUACAAGAUAUCACAACUAUUUGCUUAAAAUGUACCAUUAGCGUCUAAACCAUUUGAAAAACAAUUCUAGCAAAACCCCACUAUAGCUGAACUUUUGUUGAUUAACAUAUUGCACAUACAAAAGCAAUUCAAAUUGUAUUUCCCUUCUGAAUUGCAAUAUGGGUUUUAAGUUUAAACUAAGACCAAUGCAGCUUAUGCUAAUUCCCCAACCUUUAAAGACACUUCCUUGGGAGAUGGGCAUAAUUUUUUUGUAGUCAAGUAUGUAGACUUAUAGCACAUUGUGAAUUUGAACACUCGCAUCAGAUCGAUUUAAUGGAACACUGAUUAUACACUUCUGUAGAAGGAAAUAUAUACAGCAGA